CGUCGGAUCGAAUCCAACGGAUCAGAUUGAGUCCAGGAAGAGAGACACGCGGGUUUGCACGGGCGAGCUCGCCGUCUCUCUCGCCGCCACCGUCGCCUGCUUCGCUCGCGAGAGAGGAGCCAUGGCUGGAGCCUCGCCGUCGGCGCGCGCCGAGGUGGUCGUCCCGCCGGAAUGGGCGGCGGCUACCGCCACCGCCGCCGCCGCCUCCUCCGAGCCCGCGCCACCGGUCGUCGUCGUCUGCGGGCCCAAGAACGCCGGCAAGUCCACCUUCUCCCGCCUCCUCCUCAACUCGCUGCUCCCCAGGUAUGGGAGGGUGGGGUAUCUGGACACGGAUGUCGGGCAGCCGGAGUUCUCGCCGCCGGGAUGCCUCUCGUUCCACGUCGUCGACGAAGCUCUCACAGAUUUGCUCAACCCAACUCUGCGUGAGUGUGAAAGGUGUUGCUUCUUCGGUGAUAUUUCUUCAAAGCGAGAUCCAGAAACAUAUCUGAAUUGUCUAUUUCAUUUGUAUGACUAUUUUGUUGAAAAAUAUCGAUCUGGUGCCAGUGAACCUCUACCUUUAAUUGUCAACACUCCUGGAUGGGUGAAAGGUGCUGGUUUUGAUAUGCUGGUAGAGAUGCUAAGGUAUAUCUGCCCCACAAUUGUUGUUCAGAUACGCAUCUCUGCGCAGAGCAAGAAUCUCCCUGAUGGAAUGUUUUGGUUAGAUUGUGGGCAAACAGGACCAAACAUGAUCAAUAUUGAUGCUCCAUUUCAUGAUGCUUUGAAUAGAUCGUUGUUAAUCCAGAAAGAUUCUUAUGGAAUGCGUGAGCGCCGGCUUAUAGAGUACUUCAAGCAAUGUUUUCCAAGUGACAUAUCACUGACAACAAAUAAGGAGCUUGCCUAUGGCCUAACUUCACUUCCACCCUAUGAAGUAUCAAUUUCAGAUGUUAUGGUUAUACAUCUUCAUUGCCAGGUACCUCCUAGUGAGGUAUGGCAUAGUCUAAAUGCUACCAUAGUUGGUUUGGCCAUUAGCUGUGGCACGAUCGAGGCAGGCCGUUCAAUCCCUUGGUGUGCUGGUCUUGGUAUUAUCAGAGGCAUCGAUGUGCAAAGAGGCAUUUUAUAUGUAAUAACUCCUGUUCCUCUAGAGCAUCUUCAAAGAGUUGAUCUCUUGCUUCAGGGACUCAUUGAGAUCCCAAAGUCUCUUCUGCAGGUCCGAGGAUGCGUCUCACCAUACAUGCCAACGAAUGUGCUGCACAGGAUUUCGGAGAGGGACAUAAACACCUGAGUUGACGUCGAACGCCCUUCUCCUUUGCCACCACCGUUCGGGGAGAUGAUCCUGAACCUGUUCAGAACAGAGCAGAGCAGUUCUGACCCACAGAUGGAGACUUGUAACCUGUGCAGUACUGCCAUGCUUGUUUGUAGCCCUUGCUGGUGGAAACGAUGAUAUAUCAUUAUCUGCAAUUCGUUGGAGACAUCGGAAAAUCAAAAUUUUGACCUUUUCUUGUCCUCUGCAAAAAUUGACCGUCAAAAUUUAGUAAUGUCAAAUAUUGGCGCAUGUUAGAUUACCAAAAUUUCGUAGUGUUGGAAUGUGUAGGUGUAGCCUUAUCAAAUGUUCACAUAGGGUUGGGUUGGUUUGAGAUCUAAAUUGACCUUUUCAAUUUUUGGCAAUGCCAAAAUUUAGCAAGUUGUGGCAUGA